CAUUUGUGCUACCGUUGCCUGCCUGAUCUGGAAGCAUGUUGACCCCGCCAAAGGAGGGGGCUCCCUCUAUGAUCGAUAAAGCGCUGAGGUUGAAGAGAGAGGAGCAGGCGCGACAGGUCGCCCUGGCCUGGGCCGUUCUCAACAUGUCCUUAGCGGGGAUGAUUUACACUGAAAUGUCUGGGAAGCUGCUGAGCCGAUACUACAACAUCACCUACUGGCCCAUCUGGUACAUCGAGCUGGUGCUAGCCUCUCUCUUUAGUCUCAAUGCUCUUUUUGACUUCUGGAAGUAUUUCAAAUACACAAUGGCCCCAUCCACCAUCGCCGUUACCCCGGAGCAGCAUCGCCUUCUGGGACUGAGAAACACAAUUGUCCGAGCUUCUCCGCCCCAAAAGCCAGAAAAGAAGGAAGCGCCGGUUCCAGCCCAGUCGUCCCCCCUGCAGGGCCAGAGCGUCCUGAGCUUCAGUCCCUCUCGGACUCCGACAAGCAGCCCCAAAUUCUCUCCCAGCUGUGUGACAGGAUACAGCCCGUCUCUCAGUAGCCCUUCCACGCCCAGCAGUGCGGGGAAUCCCUUUUCUUCUCCAGGAGCUUUUGGGAAGGUGCUGAGCUACAGCCCGUCCUCGGGCUCUUCUCCCUUUCCGAAAAGCGUUGGCUCAGCAGAAGGUUCUAGCUUGAGGGCUCGGUAUCGCACGUCUCCUUCAGUGUUUAACUCCCCCGGAAGCAAAGAGGAUUACAUGGAGGAUCUGAAAAGUCUGGAGAGGUUUCUCCGCACAGAGGAGGAGAGGAGCCACCGCAGCCAGCUCGGGAGUCCGGAGUCUGUGUCUCCGAAUCACAGUCCAACUUUCUGGAACUACAACCGCUCGGUGGGAGAUUACGCCCAGAGUUUGAGGAAAUUCCUGUACCAGCCGGCGUGCCGCUCCCAAGCGCCGUCGGCCCACAAGGACGACACGGACCUGGGAUCCAAACAGGCUGCAGAGGAGGUGUGGGCCAGAAUCACCACAAGUCGCGCCGUCGUGGAUCGCAUCGACAGCUGGACGGCCAAACUCCGAAACUGGAUCAGUGACACCAUCUUGGACCCUCUUGUGAAAGAAAUGGACUCAGUCAACAGUCAGCUGAGGAGGAUGGGCUGUCCAGAGCUGCAGAUAGGAGAGGCCAGUAUAAGCAGCUUGAAACAGGCAGCGGUGAUGAAGGCCUCCUCCAUCCCCACUCUGACCUCCAUCGUCCAGUAUUUGGACAUCACCCCCAACCAAGAAUACCUAGUGGACCGGAUCAAAGAGUUGGCUCACAGCGGCUGCAUGAGCUCCUUUCGCUGGAAUGGAGGUGGUGACCUGAAGAACAGGAAGUGGGAUACAGACCUCCCCACUGACUGUGCCAUUCUAAUGCACGUCUUCUGCACUUACCUGGACUCAAGACUGCCCCCACACCCCAAGUACCCCGACGGGAAAACUUUUACUUCGCAGCACUUCAGUCACACUCCAGACAAGCCUGACGUUACCAAGGAGAACGCCUUCUGCAUCCACCAAAGCAGCACCACCCCCCCACACUACCAGCUCAUUUAUCAGGGACACAUCUACAGUCUUCCAAAGGGCAGGAACAACCUGUUUCACACCAUCCUCAUGUUCCUCUACGUCAUUAAGACCAAAGAAUCAGGAAUGUUGGGGAGGGUAAAUUUGGGCCUGUCUGGUGUGAAUAUCCUGUGGAUAUUUGAAGAGUGAUGCUUCCUGUAAGAUCAGCCUACAAGUGUUUGGUUCCACAGAGCAAGAGUCAGCGAUUCUUUAAGAACUGCUGUUUCUGAGGCACAUCAGGAGCAGAUUUUGAAAUUAUAAACUGCAUGUUUUUUAAGGAUGCCCUUCCCCAACAACGUGCUAAAAGCCUCAUUGACAUUUUAUUCUUUUAUAUUUCUGAUACGACCCUUUAUUUUGUACUUAAUGGAAUGUACCAGCAUGGCAGCCUUUUAAAGUAGAUACCUAAGAUAUGUCUAGGAGCUCAGAUUCAACAGCUUGAAUGUAAAUACAAAACAACAUGCAACUACUUUUUUUUUUGUUCUAUGUUGGACUGCAGAGGAUUUUUUUGUAAAAAUAAAUAUCUACCACAAUAAAAACCGCAUUUUUUUGCCUAAAUCAACCUGUAUGAAAAUGGAUUUGAGAGAUGUACAUUUUUGUUAUCAUUAAAACUGUUAGAAUACUUAAAAUAAUUAUGUUUAAGUGAAGAUGAAGAGCGCAUGAGUGUUUUGAGGUGUUUUAUUUAAAGGCUCUUUUUUAAUGUUUGAUUUAAUUUGUGCCUGUUGUUGGUUACAACUGAAAUUUGUAAGGUUUUGUACAUUUUAGGUUUUUGAAUGUUUGGAAAGAUGUGGAAAUAAAACUUUGAACAGAGUAA